AUGGGUAUCUUCAAGAAGAACACAGAGGGCGUCGAGGCUCAACAACCACAACCCGAAAUUGCUCGCGAGAAGGACUUGGAGAAAAAUUUCGAAGAUGUGCAAUUGGAAGCAAGACAGGCUUCAGUGGACAAUGGCGGCUCAGAACCAUUUAUCGACCCUAUCAUUGAGAAGCGCGUCAUUCGCAAGCUUGAUUGGCAUCUUGUACCACUGCUGAUGGCGCUCUAUCUGCUCGCAUUCCUUGACCGCUCUAACAUUGGUAACGCCAAAAUUGCUGGUAUGGCCAAGGCAUUGGAUAUGGUCGACAACCCCGAUCGCUAUACAUGGCUGCUUACCAUCUUCUACAUCGCGUACAUUCUUUUCCAGUUCCAAGUCCUCGGCUGGAAGAGGUUUCCUCCUCACAUCUGGGCGUCUUGGGCUAUUUUUGGCUGGGGCGUCAUCUCGACUUGUCAAGCUGCGGUCACAACAUGGGAGGGCGAGAUGGUCCUCAGAUUCCUUCUCGGUGUGUUUGAAGCAGCAUACGGACCUGGUGUUCCCUACCUGCUGUCUUUCUUUUAUCUGCGCCAUGAAGUCGGUUUCCGCAGUGGUAUCUUCCUCGCUGCUGCUCCACUCGCAACAUGUUUCGCUGGCGCACUCGCCUAUGGUAUCACGUCCGGUCACGCCUCUAUCGCGAAUUGGAAGCUUCUUUUCCUCGUUGAGGGCCUUCCCACCCUAGCCAUGGUACCAGUUGCAUACUUCUUCCUUCCUGAUAGUCCGCAGCAGGCACGAUUCUUGAACGAGGAAGAGAAGCGCGUCGCGGUCGCAAGAGGUGUUCGCCAGACUGGUACCACCGAGCGUAUCGGUAGUAUUAAGCUCAAGGAUGUUGGGUUGACCUUCAUUGACCCCAAGGCCAUCUGUACAGCUCUCAUGUACUUCAGUUGCAAUGUGUCAUUCUCCUCGUUGCCAGUCUUUCUGCCCACCAUUCUAGAAGAGAUGGGUUUCGAGUCCAUCACAGCUCAAGGUCUUUCCGCACCGCCAUACUUCUUGAGCUUCUUGAUCACAAUCGGCUCUGCUUACAUUGCGGACAAGACACAACAACGUGGGUUGACCAUUAUUACUCUCUCCAUCAUCGGAGGUGUCGGUUACAUCAUGCUUGCUGUGACAACCAGUACCGCUUCUCGUUACGCGGGUGUGUUCCUCGCCGCAUCAGGAGUCUUUCCUUGCAUCGCAAACAUUCUCCCAUGGGUCACGAAUAACCAAGGCAACGACGAUCGUCGUGGUGCAGCAUUCGUGUUGUUGAACCUGAUCGGCCAGUGUGGUCCCCUUCUCGGCACUCGAGUCUACAACACACCGCCUUUCUACGUCAAGGGCCAAAGCAUUUGCGCUGCCUUCAUGUUUUUCAAUGGUUUGCUUGCAUUAUUUUUGCGUACACUGCUCGCAUAUGAGAAUCGCAAGUUGGAUAAGCAGUAUGGCACUAUCGAAGAGCAGAAGAACAGGAUCGCAUCGACAGAGGGGACCAAGGAGGCGGGCAUUGAGGCCAACACUGGUGUCGAGAACUUUGGUCCCAUGUAUCGUUAUGUCUUGUAA